AGUUUAUGAAAACACGAGGAAAUUGAGCAAGGAGGCCAAUAAAUUUAGCAGGCAAGCUAGUUGAGUCCGUGCAGAAAGAAAUGGGUUUAACAGGAAAGACGACACUUGCAUCUGUAUCCGAGGCAUCAACCCCAUUACCCUUGCCUCAGACAAAAAGGCCAGCCGUCAGAAGCAUAACGGUAGAGGAGAUCAACCAAUAUUGGAGGAUGAAGCGGAUGAUCCAAGAGGAUCACCUCCUUGCAGCCGAGAAAGCAGUGGCCAAGAUCAGAGCCAAGUCUCUCAAGGAAGAAGACUACCGGAAGUUUGAGGAGUCAUUGGAGGAGACGUUGGAUGAGGCUAAAGGCGAAGGAAAGACACAGGCUAAUCACAAUGGUGAGAUGGAGACAUGGAUAAGAUUCAGGGACUGGUGGACCAAGAGUAAGUACUCCUACUUGAACCAGCCGGCAACCGAAUCCAUGGGACAGAAUGCAACAACAAAACACCCAACUUCUACAUACAUUCCACAAUAUACCUGUUUCGCCAACUACUCUUCUCCUGCACAACUCUACUUCACAUCAUGCAGGGUUUUAGGCCAAAAAUAACAGGUGGCCGACACUGUAAUGCACGCACUUGUUAGGCACUGCAAUACAACAAAAGUAUCCCCGGUGUUCACUUCCUUUCUAAAUCACGUGCUGUAGAGAUCAACCAUAAAUAAAUAAUGCAAUUAGAAAAUUAAGUUUUAAAAGUUUUACACUGUCAAAAGGAUGAUUUUGAUAGAAUUAGUUUCAAUGGUGUGGGUAAAGUUCGUAAAUGUUUGUUUUAGAAUGUUAACUAGUUUUAGUAAGUUUUAAUUUAGAAGAGAGUAAUAUUGUAAGGAGUUUUAUUUGGAUUUGAUUGUUUUCUAAUUUGUUAUUUGAUUGUUUUCCUAAUUUGUUUUGGUUGAGGUAUUUUAAAA